AUGGAAUGAGAGCUCAUCACAGAAUAAACUGGUGAAAAUACAUUUCGAAUUUAAACACAGUGAGCAAACUUCAUCGAGUUAGUGAUUGUUUAGAAAGACUUUCACUAUUCAUGAUUUACACAGCAUACUUUAUUUUUACACAACACACCUUUUUGCACAACACACUUUGCACACCAAACUUUUCACGCACACUUUUUACAAACCACACACCAAACCUUUUGCACAACAAACUUUAAUUUGCACAAAUUUUCUUUUUCAAAUGAGGCACAUCACAGCACCAAGUUUGGAAAAUGUUCCAGCCUGAAGAAACAGUGCAUGUGCCUGCCACUAAUACACCUGACUCUGUACAUGUCCCUGUCAACAUCUACGCCGAUUACUACCCAAUGUACUGCCAUGUCCUGCCACCCAACUUCUACCCCAAACCCCCAACGGUGCAAACUGCUGUAGAAGAAUGCUUCUUCCCAUCUCCCCAGCCUCCUCAGAACCACCAGCCAAUCCUGCCCAGAAGGAACCGCAUACUGAUUCCAAUUCAGAACCCCAAUGAAGGUGGCCGACAUAUUACGGUCAACGAGCUUCUGAGAGGAACGACCAUGUAUCCACCCAAGAAAGUGUUACCACCCGAAACAGUGUCUGUACCCCAAUAUGUGUCUCCACCUGAACCUGUAUCUCUACCUGAACCUGUUUCUCCACCCAAACCUGCAUUUCCCCCUGAACCUGUGUCUCCCCCCAAGCCUGUGCCUCCACCUGAGACCAUGUCUCAACUGGAGUCGGUGUCUUCACCUAAGACUUUAUCACCACCCCAAUAUGUGUCUCCACCCGAACCUGUCUCUCACCCCAUGCCUGUGCCUCCACCUGAGACCAUGUCUCAACUGGAGUCGGUGUCUUCACCUAAGACUUUGUCAACACCCCAACAUGUGUCUUCACCCAAACCUGUGUCUCCCCCCAAGCCUGUGCUUUCACCUGAGACCAUGUCUCAACCGGAGUUGGUGUCUUCACCUAAGACUUUGUCAACACCCCAACAUGUGUCUUCACCCGAACCUGUGUCUUCACCCGAACCUGUGUCUCCCCCCAAGCCUGUGCUUUCACCUGAGACCAUAUCUCAACUGGAGUUGGUGUCUUCACCUAAGACUUUGUCACCACCCCAACAUGUGUCUUCACCCGAACCUGUGUCUCCCCCCAAGCCUGUGCUUUCACCUGAGACCAUGUCUCAACUGGAGUUGGUGCCUUCACCUGAGACUUUGUCACCACCCCAACAUGUGUCUCCACCCGAACCUGUGUCUCCACCCAAACCUGUGUCUCCACCCGAACCUGUGUCUGCACCCGAACCUGUGUCUCCACCCGAACGUGUGUUUCCACCCAAUCCUGUGCAUAAACCCAAACCUGCAUUUUCCCCUGAACCUGUGUUUCCACCAAUGCCUGUGCCUUCACCUGUGACCAUGUCUCAACCGGAGUCUGUGUCUCCACCUGAGACUUUGUCACAACCCAACCCUGUUGGUCUGCCUGAACCUUUGUCUCCACCUGAGCCUGAACCUCAAAUGGCCUCGGAUCUGCCUCCUGUCCAUACAGAUAUUGCAACUAAUACACCUGACUUCAGACACGUCCCUGUUAACACCUACCCUGUGUACUACCCUGUGUACUACCCUGUGUACUAUCCAGUGUACUACCACGUCCUGCCACCCAAACCCUCAACAGUGGAGACUGUUGAAGAAGAAUGGUUCCUCCCAUCUCUCCAGCCUCCACCUGAGGCACCUGAGACUUUGUCAUCACACAAACAUGUGUCUCCACCCGAACCAGUAUCUCUGCCCGAACCUGUGUCUGCACCUGAACAUGCAUAUGCCCCAAAGCCUGUGCCUCCCAAUGAGACCAUGUCUCAACCAAAGCCUGUAUCUCCACCUAAGACUUUGUCAGAACCCAGCCCUGUGGUUCUGCCUGAGACUUUUUCUCCACUUGAACCUGAACCUCAACUGGCCUCAGAUCUGCCUCCUGUCCAGGCAGAUAAAGCUGCAUCCAUCGACUUUUCACCAACUCCUCCCCAAAUGACAUGGGGAGAAAUGAUGGAUGCACUGGACACUGAGCAGGAGGAGACAGAGAAGCAUAAGGAGCAGGCGAUUGAGGAGGUCAUAGAAAAGAAGGAAAAGGUUGAGGAUUUCCAUAAAAAGAAAAAGAAAUUUGAACUGUUCAUUAGGGGUUUGGACUUGAUCAUUGAUGAGCAGCGCCUCUAUAAGGAGUUCCUCCCAUUCGGGAAUAUCAUCAAAGCUAAGAUUAUAAAGUCAAAAGGACAUGGAUACAUAACAUAUUCCGCUGAAGGUGAAGCUAAGACAGCUAUCCAGGAGAUGAAUGGGAAGAUCGUGGGAACAAAGCUGCUGAAUAUUACUCUGUCUAAAACAAAAGAGAAAAAAACACAGCAGAAGAAAAGAAGUGGCUGGAAAAGAAGGACGUGGUGGAAUUCACAAAGAGGGUCUGGCCAUAGCCAUAAGGAACUCUAAUAAGAAUAAAUGAAAUUACAUCUUCCAAACAAGCACAGCAGAAGAAUGGAAGUGGCUGGAAAUGAAGGACGUGGUGAAAUUCUCAAAGAGGGUCUGGCCACUGCCAUAAGGAUCUCUAAAAGGAAUAAAUACAAUUACAUCUUCCAAACGAGCACAGCAGAAGAAUAGAAGUGGCUGGAAAAGAAGGGCAUGGCACAGGAACUCUAAUAGGAAUGAAUGCAACCUUAUUGUUUCAUUAGUUUUUUUAUCACAGUAAACACAUGUUGGUGUAAAUGCCUCACACAGCAGCAUCAGCAGUAAAAGUGCUGUAAAAUAAUCAGCUCUAAAAUUCCACCUCAAUAAAGUAGAUUUAGAAAUUAAUAACUGAUAGCCAUUAAAACCUCAGUUAUGAACUAUGAAAUAACUGAUGAACAGUAUUUACCAUAACUAAGUAAAUAUAUACAGGUCAUGUUUGUAACAAUAAACUGAUACAGAUGGCUACACACACUCAUGUGACCCUGUGUGUUUAUGAAGCCUUAAACCUAGUUCCUGCGAUUUGAAGAUGUUCGAACAAACGAUAAAAUACAAAUACAAAUUUCUUACAAUCAUCCAGCCGAAAUCCACAUGGAGCUCUUUAUUACUCUAAUAAAUUAUAAAAAAUAAUAUACUAUUAUAAACCAAAAAUAAAUAUCAAAACUCAUCUGCAAAUUCAGAAACACUUCAACUCAUAACAGAAAGUCUCAGUCUUAAAUGAACAUCACAAGCUCAUAGCAGAUUGGUUACAGUCAGUCUGAAAUUGUCUGAUUUCACAGGUAACUGGGUUUAUUGACCUCUGAGCUAACAGUAGGUCAACACAGAAUCUUAUAAUAAUGAACAUUUUAUGAAUUUUCUUAUUUCACACAUUUAAUUAUGGCAACCGUUAUAAUUAUAGCAUCCAUAAUCCUUUAUCAUCACCAUACUGUGAGGAUUCACCUUAAGCAGCAUUUUUUAUAUUUAUUUAAAAGUAAGUUUUAUUUUUCAUGAUUAGCACUUUAAAUCAGCAAGGACUUUUUCCUUUUUUCAGUGAUAUUGCUCCUCAUUUUUUCCGGUGAGGGAUGCCGCUACACUUUACAUUUUUCUGCGGAGGACGUCACCUCGCUUAUGUUCUGCGGAGGAUGUCACCAGCCUGUUUUUUUUUUUUUUUCCUUUAGUGUCCUGCGGCAUCGCUUUGCAACUGUUCCGGUGGGGGACGUUGCUUCACUUCCUGGUUGUCCGUGGAGUACGUCGCCUCACUUCUGUUUUGUGGGGGGUGUUGCAGGCCCGUGGCGAAGGAUCUUUCCCGCCCUCCCUCCCAUUCUGUUCUUCGAGGCGUGGUCUGGCUGCGGUGUGUCGGGUGUUGUGCUCGGUUGAGGAUGUCUCUCGUCCCUUCUGCUCGGCUGUGGAUGUGUGCCUUGCUCCCCCCAUCUGCCUCGUCGUGUGCCUUGCUCCCCCCAUCUGCCCUGUCAUGUGCCUCCCCCCGGAUCUCAUUGGGAUCAUGGUCCCAAUGGAUAUUGUCAUUAAGAUGGGAAUUGGCGCUUUGGGAGCCGCGACUCGAGGGGGGGUGGUACAGUCAGGACUCAACCCGGACUUUUGGACAUGUGCUUCUGUUUAUGUUCUGUGCCAUGUGUCUGCCCCACCCUUGUUUACUCCUCCCAUUCUCUGCACUCCUGUUCCCUAUGUGUAAAUUGCCAUGCCUAUUUAACCGUGAAUCAUCAUCAGAGUAUAUCAGUGUUUCCUUGUCCUUUGUCCUGUCUAGUUUCCUCUGUGUUCCUGUUCUGUGUAUUUUAAUUGAUUAAAACCUGUUUAUUUAAAGCUA